GAAAUGAAAUAUGGUUAAGGCUUGUAAUCCCCCGUCAUACAUAAACACGCGUCAAUCAUGGGUAUGCAGUGCUUUGCUGUAGUCAGUGGCUAAAGCCAAGUUAACAAAACCGAGAAGAAAAAGAAAUAAUGUUUUCAAGCAGUUCACAGCCUGUCCGGUGUCCGCUAUCAACAAAAGUUUUUUAAAAAUUGCUUUUGUUUUCUAUUUGCUCACCGGGAAACCGGGUAUAGCCGGUAGUGAGGACCAUAUCGCUCGCAAUAUAAGGCGGCUCCACCAGCUGAGAAGUGGUGACCAGUACUGGUAAAGGCGCGAGGACGAAACCAGCUCUACGCGCGAUCAUUUCAAUAUCAGGGUCCGAUCUUGAUCGUUGGACAGCAUGCCAAUCCGGAAUAUCGCAGUGGGUCGCCGUGAGGAGGCGACCCACCCGGACGCUUUGAGAGCAGCCUUGGCCGAGUUCAUCUCGACCCUCAUCUUCGUGUUUGCCGGAGAGGGCUCUGGCAUGGCCUUCAGCAAGCUGACGCACGGUGGUGGCUCCACACCGGCCGGGCUCAUAGCCGCUGCAAUCGCCCAUGCCUUCGCCCUCUUCGUCGCUGUUUCCGUCGGCGCUAACAUCUCCGGCGGGCACGUCAACCCUGCCGUCACCUUCGGCGCCUUCGUCGGUGGCAACAUCACCCUUCUCCGUGGCCUCCUCUACUGGGUCGCUCAGCUCCUCGGUUCCACCGUUGCGUGCCUGCUCCUCAAGUUCGUCACCAACGGCAUGGAGACUUCGGCGUUUUCUCUGUCGUCGGGUGUGGGGGUGUGGAACGCGUUCGUUUUAGAGAUCGUGAUGACCUUCGGGUUGGUGUACACCGUGUACGCGACCGCAGUGGAUCCGAAGAAGGGCAGUUUGGGAAUAAUAGCUCCGAUCGCGAUCGGAUUCAUCGUGGGCGCGAAUAUCUUGGCGGGCGGGGCGUUCGACGGUGCGUCGAUGAACCCGGCGGUGUCAUUCGGACCGGCCCUAGUGAGCUGGACCUGGAGCAACCACUGGGUCUACUGGGCAGGGCCCCUGAUCGGCGGUGGGCUAGCCGGCCUCGUGUACGAGUUCUUCUUCAUCAGCCACACCCACGAGCAGCUGCCCACCACUGACUACUGAGGAUCAGAGAAAAAAUGAAGCAUGAAAGGAACAGCAGCGGUCGGAUUUAUUUUUUCUGUUGUAUGUAUUUGGGUUUUUGGUUUUGAGGGGGUUUAAUGCGUUUGCGUUGAAUUUUAGCCGUUGAUCUUUGCAUCACCAUUAUAAUCGCCUUCGCUAGUUAAUUGCAUGCCCUGGCAAGCUUUUGUGUUGGUCGUCCGAAAUCCAGGGUUGAUUGUGUAACUGUGUUGGGGUCGUAUGAUUCCAUUAUUCCUUUCUUUUGUCUUCGUCAGUUCGUUUGUUUAUUUUUUCUCUGGGCAUUUCACCUUCAUUUGAGCUAUUUGGUAAAUUAAAGUUAUUGUGUGGUUGGAAACCA